ACUCCGGUAUCCGUUCUUCUCUGCCUCUGUCCCCGAAGGCUGGCUAACAAACCCACGUCGUGUCUGGCCUGGCAGACAGCGUGCACAUUUUAGGCAUGAAUGUUGUUUUUCCAGUGCAACAAAAGCGGAUUAUUCACGAUGUUUUCGGCAUGGUAUAAAACCCGCGGAGAAAUAUUGGUUUUUACCCCAUUAUACUGGAGGACCGCCCGUGCUUCGUGAAAAUGAAAAAGGAUACAAUGCAGCACGCAUGUUCUGCAUUCUUCGGGAGUACCACACCGUUGGUGUGAAUGAGCAGUGGCUGUAGCGUGGCGUGAGUGGGCCCGGUUCCUGCACAGCCUCCGUGGCUGCCUGCCUGGGAGGAGUCUAGAGGAGAGCAGACAUCAGUGCCCAGGGGAGCUGAGGCCUGCCUCUCCAUAUGAGGCCCUGCUGAAAGGGCAGGGGGGCUUCUGAGUGUGCCCGAGGGCCAUUGAAAGCCCCCUUGGGGGAGUUUCAUAAACACCCAGAACAAGAGAAGACUCCUGCAGUAUUGUAGUUUGAACGCACAGCUCAUACUGACACAUACACACAGCACACACUACAUUCACCACACACGCGCACAUACGCACACACACACACAGACAAGGAGAGAGGGAGAAUGUUGGAGGUCCAAGAGGAGAGGCCAGCGGCGGCAGGAUCAGCAGCGACACAUUUCAACAAGAAGGAACGAGGAAAGAAAGACCGGGAAGACGCCAAAGACAGAAACCUCUCCAAUCUGGGAAAUCCUGUUCAGGGCGCUAGAAACGCACGGGCCAAAGCACCUCUCACAGCACACAGCGGCAGCCCUCACCAGCUCAUUACUCCGCCCUGUUCUGUGGUCCUGGGAGCCCCAUCAAUGCACUCCAAUCGGCUCAAGAACUCCCCGUCCACCAACACACAAAGCCCUAAACCUAAGACGGAGGUCAUGGUGCGAUCUCCUCCUGUCAUGUCCCCUUCCACUGCCGUCCAAAUGGACUCUAAAAUGCCCAACCAGGGCAAGCCUGGAAGCACUGGCAGCCAAUCACAGCCCUCGCCUUGUGACCCCAAGACGCUGGGCUCUAAAGGGGCGCCAGGUGUGGCAGGAAGCAUGGGACUAAAAAAUGGCCAGAGCUUGACAUCUGGCCCCAGCUCCAAGGUGAAAGUCAAAAGGGAGAGGAGCACCUCUGUGGAGUCCUUUGACCAGCCAGAGAGUGGCACACCCACCAGUGAGGAGAAAGAGAGCAGCAGGGUAAAGCGCAUGUGUGUGGCAGAGAGGAGGCAGCCUUAUAGUGGGGCAGACUGGUGCUCUGGGGGAGAGAGCGAUGAAGAUGACAAAGGAUUCUUCAACUGUAACAGUGAUGUGAAGCCCCAAGACACCCAUUCUACCUCCAGUACAGGACUCAGUCGCUCCUCUACACCUUCCCACAAUGCUCUGGGUCAAGGCUCAACAGCAGAGACUGCCGGUAGCCAAAAACCAGGCUCAAAGCUUGUAUAUGUCUUCACUACGGAGAUGGCUAACAAGGCGGCUGAUGCAGUGCUGACUGGCCAUACAGAAAACAUCAUUGCCUUCCACAUGAAAAACAUCUCCAAUAGCAAGGACAAGGCUCAUCUCCUUUUAAACAAUGCAGCAAACAACCUUCGAAACGACUCCAAGCCUCCCCAACAACCGUCUGCUCAUGCCCAAGAUCAAAGUCUCCAGGCUGGUUCUAAGCCGUCCUUACCUGGCAUGGCAGAGGGAAGCGCAGCUCAGCCUUCAAACCAAGGAAGCCAAACAGGUGUUCUUCCACAAGAAGGGUCAUCUUCUUCCGGCAUAGAAUCCAAAAAUCUUCCCGGCAGCAGCCCGAAUAACACUACAGCAGCAGUGGACCAGGCUCCAGGCUCCCAAACAGAGGCAGGUCUGAACCCUGCAUCAACAGAAGGUCCUGGUGGAGGUUCUGGAGGGUCAGGGCUGACCCCACAACAGCAGCAGCAGCAGCAGCAACAACAGCUGGCCCAGGAGCUGCUUAACAUGGAGGCCAACACAGAGGGGCUGUCCCAGGAGCAGCUGGAGCACCGGCAGCGCUCACUACAGACUUUAAGAGACAUUCAGCGUAUGCUUUUUCCUGACGAUCGUGACGCUCCACCACCUGGGCCCCCACAGGGCCAUGGUGGACCCCAUGAUGGAGGGCCUGAUGGUGGCUCCCGCCGGUCCGAGCAGGGCCCCCUACAGGCCAUGAUAGCUCAAUCACAGAGCUUAGGGCCACCUGGUCCUGGAGGCCCACGUCCACAAGGGCCACCCUUUGGUCCUCCUCAUGGUCCGAGGGACAUGCCACCAUUCCCACAGGAUGAAAUGGGCCCACACAUGGGUGGGCCAGGGGGCUGUGGAGACGGGGAGCAGAUGACUCCAGAGCAGGUGGCUUGGUUGAAACUGCAGCAGGAGUUUUAUGAAGAGAAGAGGAAAAAGCAGGAGAUGCAGCAUCGGCCCAUGCCUGACAUGAUGAUGCAUCCACAUGGUCCACGAGGCAUGAUGCGAGGCCCGCCGCCCCCGUACCAAAUGGGUCCAGGAGAGAUGUGGGGAGGACCUGGAGGACCCCCAGACCACUAUCAGGAGCGUAUGAGCAUGGGCCCUGGUCCGAGGGGCAUGCCCCCACAUAUGCAGAGAAUGCCUGGAUUCUCUGGGAUGAUAAAUCCUGAAAUGGAGGGUCCACCAAGACCUGGCAUGGGGUGGCCUGAUGACAUGCCUUCACGAAUGGGAGAUGGGCGUGUGUUUCCAGGUGGACCUGGGGGUAUGUUUGCUGGUCCAGGUGGUCGAGGAGAGCGUUUCCCAAAUCCUCAGUCAGUCCAAGAAGCAAUGUUCCACCAAGGAAUGGGAGGAGAAAAAGGGCUUCCACCAGGCAUGAUGAUGGACAUGCAGAGAAUGAUGGGCCACCAAAGGGGGGGAAUAGAGCCAGGAAAUGGAAUGGGUAUGUUUCCCCGGAUGCCCGGAGACGGUCCUAUGAGCCCCUCAUCGAGGCUUCAGGGAAUGGGAGGCAGAGAUAUGGGGCCUGACUUUGGCAUGGGGCCUGGACCUGGCCCAGGCCCACAUAUGCACCCUUCAAAGCUGAGAGAGCCUCCAAUGAACAUGAGUCCAGAUGAAAUUAUGAGGCUGAGAGCAGGAGGAGGGCCGCCCAUGGACAACAUGGGUCCACAGGGCAGGCCUAUGCAGGGGCCACCCUUCCCAGAGCAGGGGCAGCCAGGAGACUUUCCUAUGGGACCUGGGCGGCCCUUUCCCAGUGGGCCAGGAGGAAUGAGGGGUCCACAUGGAGACCAGAGCUUUGGUCCAGAGCAUAGAGCUACACCCACAGGGGGUAACGGCCGCAUAAACCACCUUCCCUCUGGUCCUGGGCCUGCACAAGGACAAAGGGGCCGUAAACCCGCUGACCUCAACGUCCAAGCUGGAGGGGGCAACUCCCCCAGCGUCAAUCCUCUCAAGUCCCCUCCGCUGAGACAGGUCCAGUCACCUAUGAUGGGCUCCCCCUCUGGAAACCUGAAAUCCCCCCAGACGCCAUCCCAGCUGGCAGGCAUGUUGACUGGUCCGACAGGCCCCCCUGCCCCUCCAGCACCACCAACAUCAGCACCCAUGAAGUCCCCCCACUCCAUGAUGGGCUCAGCUGGUGCCUCUCCUGUUCAUAUGAGGUCUCCUUCUCUUCCAAACCCAUCUCCAGGAUGGGCCUCUUCACCAAAGCCGCCCAUGCAGAGUCCUGGGGUGCCACCUCAGGGUGGCAAGCCUCCGCUCAGUAUUACCUCGCCAAACAUGAUGGGCAACAUGGAGCAAGGUGGUAACGGUCCUCCCUCAGCCCCUCCUUCAUCAGGAGCUCCAUCUGGACCCAUGUCUCUCCCCGGCAGUGUCCCGUCUGGCAGCCCGUACACAAUACCCCCGGAGCCCACGCUAUCUCAAAACCCCCUCUCAAUCAUGAUGUCACGCAUGUCCAAGUUUGCCAUGCCCAGCUCCACCCCGCUAUACCAUGAUGCCAUUAAAACUGUGGCCAGUUCUGACGAUGACUCGCCGCCUGCCCGAUCUCCCAACCUGCCUUCUGGGAACAAUAAUGGUAUGUCACUGAAUCACCAAGGCAACCCGCGAAUGAUGGGACCUGGUAACUCGGGACCCAUGCCAGCUCUCAGUCCUCUGGGAAUGAAUCCUAUGGGGUCCCAACCUCUGUCCCAUGGAAUCCCUCCACAGAUGCCCUCACCUAAUGCCCCCAACAUGGGGCCAGGCAUGAUGCCCCAUGGCAUGAUGAUGCCACAGAACCCCCAGGAUCCUGGCAUGGCAAAUCCUCAAAUGAUGCCCCAAGGACGCAUGGGCUACCCCCACCGGAACCAGGGAUAUCCUCUGACACAGUCUCCUUCCCAGCAGGGACCUUUCUCCCCGCACAACGGCCCUGGUCCACAAGGUUUCCCGGGCCAUCCCAUGGGUUUCCAGGGUGAUGGAGGACCUAUGGGUGGACGCAUGGGGAACAUGCCUCAUGGGGGAGGCGGUGAUGGAGGCAUGUGCAAACCAAACACACCUGGAGGACCUGAGUUUAACAACAUGCCAGGUGGAUUUAGUGACGCAGACCUUCAUGAAGUCAUGCGCCCUGGAGCAUCUGGUAUUCCUGAAUUUGACCUGUCCAGGAUAAUCCCCUCUGAAAAACCCAGCCAGACUUUGUCUUAUUUUCCGAGGGGAGGGGGAGACAAUCCGGGGGGAAAACCGCCACACCCGUCAGGCUUCCCUAUGCAGGGAAUGAUGGGCGAUGGUCCUCUGAGGAUGGGGAUGUCCAUGCAAGGAAUGGGUGGGAUGCCAGGGGGGCCGGGUGGAGGAAUGGGCCCCCAAGACAUGCCGAUGGGGAACCCCGGACACAAUUCUAUGCGGCCACCGGGAUUCAUGGGCCAAGGAAUGAUGGGGCCGCAGCACCGGAUGAUGUCCCCUGGGGGCCCAGGCGGGAUGAUGCAGGGUAGACAAAUGGCCCACCCUGGUCCUGGCGGCUCACCCAACAUGAUGAUGUCGCUGCAGGGCAUGGGUGGCCCCCCUCAGCAGACAAUGAUGAUGGGAGGUCAAAUGAGGCCUCGCGACAUGGACAUGGGCUUUAGUCCUGGCCCUGGAAUGUUCUAAUCCAACAUGAACUUUGUAUCUAGAAUGUUCUUGGACUAAUCAAUGAUGGAGUGAAGACUCAAUGGUGUUAGGAAAAAUCUGACAGACUCACACAUGAUAUGAGAGGAUUUAUCCAGAAAUGAAUAGAAUGGCGUUUAUGUCCGAUGUGGGAACUAUUGCAGUGUAACUUUGUACUGGCCCAGACAGGAGUACCUUGCCACAACAUUUGAAAUUGGCUCAUGAACUUAAGAAUGUAAGGGACUGUUGUGCAUCAAUUUUGCAAAUCUGUUCUUGUGUUUUUUGAUUAUCUGACUGUAAAGUUGACUCCAACUUCAAGAGGAAUCAACACUUAAAGUCAGUGUGGAGAUGCUACAGUAUAUGUCUACUUUUGCAUAUUAAAAAACAGAUUUGUCCAGAAAGUGGUAUGGAACAAGAGAAAGGAAUAAGAAUUUGUGCUUUGUGAAGAAAUUAGUGGAACUCCAUCUUGUCUCUGGCUCCAUUGUUUUGACUGUUUCUGUACAGUGUAUCCGUGUGUGGAUGGAAGGGUGAAUGUUUCACAGACUGUGUGUUUGUGCGUAUGUGUAUGUAUAGGCAUCUAUCAGUGACCUCUCAGAUCUUCCUACCCAACUUUCAUUGGGGAGGAAUGCCCCCUAAAAUACUGUACUGUUUACCAUUGGUGGGCUAUUCAAAUUUUAGUCUAUUUUAAUUUUCUUUGUAACUCCAGUGUAUAACAAACCAAACUAUGACCUCAUUAAGAUAAUAGUAUUAUUAAAAAAAAGCACAAACAUGGACCGUUUGCAGAAAGCGUCUUCUUUUCUAUUUUUAUCAGUGAAAGCAACACAAAGUGGGAGGAUCCUGGCAGCGUUGCAGCACAAUGAUCUUCAAGUCCUAUUUGAAAAUGUGACCGCCUUUUCAUGAAUGCUUCAAAACUUACAGGGCUUGUGUUGCCAGUGUGAAGAGUACUACUACCCAGAUGUGCUGUGUCUUUCUUGUUCCUGUUGUUUUUGGCUCUUGUUGACUCUGGGUAAAAAUCAUUCCCACAGCAAUAAUCCCCCAAUGGUCAGCAGAUAGAGACAGAAGACAACCGGUGUUCAAACAGAGGUAAAUUUGAUUGGCAUCAUUUAGUGUGGGUGUCAGAAGAGGGCACACAAAUAUAAACGCAUACUGCUUACCAUCCAGUUGGCUUCCUUUUUCUCUAUUGUAUAAGCUUGUCAUGUGUUCUCCAUUGGCUUUGGUGCAGAAUAGCCUUCCAGGGCUGUGGUGAUGGACUACAAAUAAAAGAU